UGAUAUAAAUCUCAGGCCGGCACGAUAGCUUCUCCGAAGAAGGUCGUCCUUCUCAUCAAAUUGAGAAAAUACUUAGUAGCCUAUACGGCCGUCCUAGUCGUAGGACUUGUAUAGUAUAUAGGGAAGCAAUACUGUGACCGACUAACUUCUGCAGUCUAGUAUAACGUGACUAGCAAACCAAAGAUAUUCCACACCAGAAAUUUACACCAUAUAUGCGUAGCUCAUAUCAGUGCUCUUGAAGCGUUGCUACUUCAAAGAUCGAGGCCAUUGAAGAACAUGGAGUCCCUACCUAUUCCUGAAAAGCCAACCCUGUCUUCUGAUGUGACUGACACCAGCUUAUCAAUUUCUUGGGAAGUCAAUGGUAAUGUAUCAAAUAUUACCAACUACAUCAUAUAUUACAGCGCAGUUGAUGACAAACCUAAUGCACCUUCAUGGAAAAGCUUAGUUACCAAGGAUGCAGCCACCGAAUUUUACAUUUGUGACCUGCUGCCGGAUACUUCGUAUCAGUUCAAAGUUUCUGCAAACACAAAAGAAGACCAAAGUCAGCCCAGUGAGCUAAGCAAUAUCAUCAAAACAACCAGGAAUGAUAUAGCACAAGAUGCAACAUCUGAUGAGGAUGUGCAAACUGUAUCCAGGGGUCUUAUCCCCCUUGCAGGGUCGCCAACACUCGCAAGUUAUCCGCAGACUCCGUUCCAAGACACUUCAAACCCAAAUGAAGUACAUAGUUCACCUAAUGAGGAAAGUGCCACCAACGGAACGGAUACCAGUAUGGUAGGAGUUGAAUCAUCUGAGGUAAUUCAAAAUCUACCCCGGGACAAUUCACCACUUUCGGCAUUGCAAACUCUGACUAGUGUGCCACCGACUCAAUUCGAUGAUUCUUCAAAAAGGGUGGAGGAAGUUGAAACAUUCAAUUACGUUGAAAAUCUAUCCAGGGGCAACUCACAAUUUUCAGGGUCGCCAACUAAAGAGUUUCUGACUCAGUCCCAGGAUUCCUCAAACAAAGCCGAAGGAAGGAGUUUGACAAGCGACCUGGAUGAUUUCAUCGGGAACAGUACUAUUGACGCUAAGGAUCCAUCUCGGGGUCCUACUCCACAGCAUGAAACCCUUUCAGGACCGUCAACACAUCCAGGCAGUGUACCUCCGACUCGUGAUUCUUCAAACACAGCAAAAGGACGAGUUGCACCUAGUGAGCCGAGCAAUACUACCAGUACGACCUGGAACCAAUCCGUAGAAAUUGAAGCAUCUAAGAACGUUCCAAAUUUAUCAAGGGGCCCUGCACCAGAGAAACCAACACUUGCGGGACAGCCUACACAUUCCAGUGUGCCCCUGAUGUGGGUUGUAAAUGGUGACACAUCAUCUGUUACCCAUUACACAGUAACCUACAAAGCGGUCGACCAAGGUGUCAGUCUGGGAUCCGCAGGGAAAUGGGAUACCUUUGACACUAAAGGUUCCGAAUGCAACUGCGUUAUUGGUAACCUCAGUGCUGAAACUUCUUUUCGUUUCUGUGUGUCUUCCAAUAGUAAGAAAGGAAGCAGUCCACCUAGCCUAAUUAGCGACCUGAUAUGUACAAGCAUUAAACCUGGAACCAGAGCACCUGUACCAGAUAGACCUAUUCUGGCAGGAAUAGUUACCGACAAAAGUGUCCCACUAUCCUGGAAAAUCAACAGUAGCGGCCUGCAUAUCACCCACUUCACCGUCAUCUGUAAAGAUGCCUCCGACAAUGGCAAUUGCAAGUGGUCGCUCUUUAAGACAGAAAAUGCAUCCACUAGUUGUGCUGUUAAAUACCUUCGCCCAGAAACCAGCUAUCAGUUUGGUAUUAUUUCUCACACACAUCGGGAACAAAGUAAACCAAGUGUCUUCAGUGAAGUCAUCACAACGAUUAGAAAUGCUCAAAAUAUUGCCCCACGUCCCCUCAAACCACAACUUGCCGGUUCUGUCAGCCACAAUCAUGUACCUUUGUACUGGAAUGUUCCUGAUGGCUCUGCACAUAUUACUCACUACACUUUAAGUUAUAAGCAAGUGGGAAAAGGCCCUUGGGUAUUUUUUGAUACGAAAGAUUCGCAUACCACAAUUGGAAACCUCGAAUCUUGCACCGCCUAUCAGUUUCGAGUUGCAUCGAACACUGAUCGAGAUCAGAGCACUCCGAGUCCACUGAGCGAUGUCAUUUCCACAACCAGUAUGAAAUGCAGUCCUCGUACCAGUAACCAUACAAGGAAUAUGAAUGAUUGGAAACCUCGACACCCAAAGCUUGGUAAACCGACCGCUGCAGGGCCCGUUACCUGGGACAGUGUACCCUUAAAGUGGGAAGUCAUGGGGGAUCGAUCAUACAUUACCCACUACACGUUGACCUAUAAGAGGUCGAGCGAUAAGGGCAGUUGGAUGACCAUAACGACUGACGACGCAGAAACAAGCUAUAGAGUUGAACACCUUGACCCAGGGACUACUUACGAAUUCCGUGUUGCAUGCCACACUGAUGACGGUCAGAGUCCACCAAGUAAGAUAGCAAAAUUAACGACAGCAAAAACCUCGAAAACCAAUUAUGGUCAUCUGCUUAGUGCUGGUCAUGGGCUCCCAAUACCCAACACACCAUACGUUGCUGGAACGGCAAGCUAUAACUGUCUUACAUUGGGCUGGAAGGUACAUGGCAACACUAGAAAUAUUACCCACUUCACCUUGACUUACAAAAUUGUUGGAGAAAAAGGUCACUGGAUCGCUGUUGAGACAAACGACACGGGAAAGAAAUUUACAGUGGAAUGCCUCAUGCCCAACACUCCCUACCAGUUCCGUAUCGCUUCAAAUACAGAUUAUGGUCAAAGUCUCCCGAGUAGUGUUAGUGACACCAUGUGGACAACCACGGAUCCUGGGAGUAUGCAAGCGAAAACAUUCUCCAACCCACCCAUACCAAAGAAGCCUAAGGCAUUGGGAGCUCCUGGACAUAACUGUAUCCAGCUUACUUGGGCGGUUCCCGGAAAUCCUUCACAUGUUACCCACUUUACGCUGACGUACAAGGUUGCUGGCGAAAAAGAUCACUGGUUCACCGUUGAAACAGAGGACACAGACAAAGCCUAUACGGUUGAAGGUCUUCUCCCAAAGACUCCUUACCAGUUUCGUGUUGCUUCAAAUACAGUUCAAGAGCAGAGCCCUCCGAGUCAAACCAGUGAUAUCAUCUUCACCUCUGAUGUACUCCAAACAAGCCCCGACCAGAUGCCUCCAAUACCAUGUAGACCAGCCCGCAUUGGCCCAGAGAACCACAAUACCUUGACACUAGCAUGGAAAGUGGACGGGGAUGCUUCCAGUGUAACACACUUCACUCUCAGCUACAGAGUUAUCAGCGACAAACCUAAUGGAAUUCCAGACGAAUCUUGGACAACCGUUCAGACUGAAAAUUCGGACACAUGGUUUACUAUUGAAAAUCUUGAACCGAGCACUCUGUACCAGAUUCGUAUUUUAGCAAAUACAAAAGAUGGACAGAUUUACCAUGGCGAUUGCAGUGAAAGCUACAUGCAAACUGCACCUGGUUCGACUGAACUGGCGGAAAGCGCCGUCUCUUUUGAAUCAUUGCCUGUUGUGAGACCACCACCAUGUCCCGGAACACCAUCGCUGGCUCCUGAACAAAAACCUACGCAAAAAUCGAUGUCCGUUGUUUGGGACGCAGAAACAGAUGAGUCGCAUGUUACUCACUUCACCCUUGAAUACAAGGUAUUCAGUCGAGAAGUUUUGGACUGGGAGAUGAUCGAAGUUCCUGGUUUGUCGCGUGAGUACACACUCAUGAAUCUUCAUCCAGCAACGGCAUAUUUACUUCGGAUCAAAGCCCACACCCCAACUGUCUCCAGCUGUUCAAGUGAGAUUGGUGGUCCAUUUCAUACAGAGUCUAGAACAAGAGGCCAAAUUUAUCGUGAACAUAUCAUCAGCAUUAGUACACCUGUCACGUCAGAUAAAGGCAUGCCUCUAUAUCAAGUUCCUUUGCAUUUGAAUAUGAUGCACAAGGAAGAAAGAAUACGAAGGUACGAGUUUGGGCCUAAGCCAGCCAUUCCAAAGCCGGAAAAGGUUCUUCUUGUGGUAGGGGCAACUGGAGCAGGAAAAUCGACCCUUAUCAAUGGCUUAUUUAAUUAUGUCAUUGGAGUGGAGUGGACAGAGGAAAACAGAUUCAGACUGGUGGAAGAAAGUGGGCUAUUUGAAACACAGCACCAGAGCCAAACUAAGAUGAUCACAGUCUACACAAUUUAUCAUCACAACAUCUUUAAGAUACCCUUCACACUGACGAUCAUUGACACACCAGGGUUUGGAGACACAGGAGGGAUUAACAAUGACAGACUAAUCAUAGAAUCAAUCGGACAUCUCUUCCGAAGGAAGGAAUACGGUGUUGAUCACAUCGAUGCUAUUGGUUUCGUGGCCCAGUCAUCACUUCCCAGACUUACCCCAACCCAGAAGUACAUCUUCGAUUCUAUUCUUUCCCUCUUCGGUAAAGACAUUGCAGACAACAUAUUCCUCAUGAUUACCUUCAGCGAUAGCCAGCGGCCGCCUGUUCUCGCAAGCACAAGCGAAGCAAAGAUUCCGUACAAAUCGCACUACAAGUUCAACAAUUCGGCCUUGUUUGCCAAGAAUGACACUGAGGACAAUGAGUUUGAUCAGAUGUUUUGGAAGAUGGGAGUAGUGAGUUUCAGAAAGUUUCUUCAUGACCUCUCAACCGUUGAAGGAAAGAGUCUGAAUCUAACGAAAGAAGUGUUAGACGAGAGGCAGCAGUUAGAAGUUUAUGUGACGGGAAUUCAGCAGGAAAUCCACGUUGGCCUCAACACACUUGAGCAGUAUAGAGUUGAAAUUAAUGUCGUCAGGCAACAUGAGGCUGAUAUUGAGAAGAACAAGAAUUUCUGGUACUCCGUACAAGAGCACAAAAUGGUUGAGGUGAAAUUGAAUCCCGGCCAGCAUGUAACCAAUUGUAUUACUUGCAACCGGACCUGUCACUUCCCGUGUUAUAUUCCAAAUGAUGCCGAUAAAAGAAGCUGCUCGGCAAUGAAUUCUGACGGAAACUGUAGGAUCUGCGCGAAAAACUGCAUCUGGAGCAUGCACCGCAAUGUACCUUUCAGGAUUGUGGUUGAGACUGUUACAGUCAAGAAGACGGCAGAAGAGCUAAAGAAGCGUUAUGAGAAAGCACAGGGGGAGAAGUUAAAUGCAGAGAAACUCACAAAUAAGAUAUUGGAGGAUUUCUAUAAUUUGGAAGUGAAGGUUCUCUUCAUGACAUCUGAAGUCAGGCGGGGCCUUGAAAGACUGAACGAAAUCGCUUUGAGGCCCAACCCACUUUCGACCGUCGAGUACCUUAAUAUUCUGAUCAGGGCUGAGAGGGCUGAAGCGCACCCAGGCUAUCAACAGAGAAUCAUUCAACUGGAAAACGUUAAGGCACAUGCCAAAACAUUGUGUGACAUGGCAGCUGAUGGUUAUGACCCGUUUGACGAUUUCAGGGACGUGAUCAAUCAGGCACAGAGCGCCCAAAAUCGACCGUCGUUUCAGGAUGCAGCAGCCAGCUUCAGAAGGAGGCAUCCUUUCCAGAGCUUUUUCAAGAGCUGCAAAGGUUUUUUCGGUUUUCAGCAUUAAAAGACGUUGUCUAUUUGAUAGACGGUCUGAGGAACAUACCAAGUAGAGUUCAUACAAAAUACGUCAACAUGACCAAAGUUAAUAAAGACUGUAUGACGUACCUUCGACGUAACGACACGUGACAGAUGACAUGUUUGUAUAGACAGACGUUGAACAGUUGAAACAAAGAGGGUCACUGAAAUUAAGAUGGAGGAGGGGUGCAAUGCCUUUACCUCAAUAUAUAGGCUUUCGCUUUAGAGAGGAAAUACUUAUAUCAUGGACUACAUGUAAUGCUUAGAAUAAAGUGUAUAUGAUGGCAGGGUUUCCCAAGUUUGACCAUAAUAGAAGUUUGUAAAAGUGAGAUUUUGCCGAAAAUGUAUUGAACUUAUUGGUCUCGUUGCGAUUUUGUGGCUAUUCAUUGUAUGAAGUAAUAAUACAUGUAUAACCGGUGUCAAUCCCCAAAAAAGGAUUUCUCAUGAUACUUUUGAUAUUGUAAAAGCGGCAAAACAACGACAAGGAAAAAACACUGUAGAAGCGGGUAAUAAACAGACCCUGCUAUACCGACAGGAAGAACAUGCUCAACUUCUUGGUAGUAAGGGAUGAACACAGUGGUAAGCCACUGUAGUGUUUUUAGUAAGAAGAAUAUUGUAUAGUGGUGGUCAGUACAGAUGCCACCACCUGGGAUGUGAAAAACGCCAGAGUUUCGUCAUUAUUCGUCCUUAUAGACUCUUCAAAUUUGAUAUUAGGCAUACUCAGUCAGCCGGCCACGCGCCGUUUUCGGGCAACUUCUCUAACCACGAUGACGUCAUUUUUUACUCACUAACAUAAUGUUGUGUGACACAGGUUAAGAAUAACCUUCGCUUAUUUGUCGAACCAAUUAUCGGUAAAGAAAGAAUGUUGUCAAUUUUUACUGGGUCUUUUAAGACGGGGUUGAUGACAAAAUUUUGUCAUAAUUUUGAGAAAAUCCUCGCUUCUUCGCUCAAAAAGAAGAUGAUUGAUACGGUUGUCCAACUAGAUAGAAAAAUCUAUAUAUCGUUAUAAAUAUUAUGAAGAUUAUCCUCUGUAAAAAUCGUAUUAAUCAGCUAUCAAAGACUUAUUUUCGGGGAAGUUUUAUGAAACGUGACAGAACCGCUGCUGAAACUCGCGGCUGAACAGUGCAGUUCUUCUGCGCCAAUUACCGAUUAGCGCUAUCUGAAGAUUGCGCUGCGCGUUUUUAGAAUCCUUUAAUUGCGCGGCAAUCUCGAGAUCGCCCAAGGUUGGCUCUUCCGAUUGCGCAUUUUAGUGAUGAUAGCUUUGUAAGAGCACUUAUUUUGCGUUGGUAGCUUUAUUUUCAUCUAUUUUUUGCUACACCUUCGGUCACAUUACUGUCAUGUGACUAUCUAUAUGGGAUGCUGAAUAUGAACUAAUUCAAUACCGGCUAAAGAUAGCCACAAUUUUUUUUUGUACCGAUAUUUGGCUCCUGAUUGGCUACCCAAGUGAUUAUAUAGUUACUCCAAUAUUAUAUUGGGUCUAGUUCUUCAACCAUUUAGCAAUCUUUUCCUCUGUCAUGUCUGUUGUUUAGUCAUGUCGUAUGUUAGAGUGGGCCCUACACUGGCCUCAAGAGGUCUUUGUCUUGAGAAGAGAGACAUGCUACUAAAAGUCCCAAACUGUUCCAGUCCAGCCCGGUCACUUCGAUAAGGCCCACUCAAUUUAUAUGACUGGAGGGGAGAUUUAUUGAAUGCAGGUGGUGCAAUCCAAUGAUGCAAAACUUAGCGUCCAGCGUCCAAAAUAUGCGUUCAGAUUUUAACAACUACCGCAGGUUAGAGACUAAUUCAUACUCGGUUGUAUCAAACAUCGGAUCGUUUUAAUUACAAAUGUGUUGCUAUUGUACUAUCAACAAUGAUUCAUGUAUACACAUAGUUUGACAGAAGCCUUCCUAACCGUAUCCAAAACGAUGCAGCGAGAAGCAUUCAGUGGAUAUAUAGGCGUAUUCUGUUAAAAUUUAUAUUUAAUUGCUUGGCCCCAGACAAGAGAAAUUGUACACCAAAUGUAACAUUGUUCACCUUAGUGUAUGUAACUACGCCUUGCGCUAAACACCCAGCGGGGGGGGGGGGGAUAUUAAUGUUCGCCUCCGAUGAAAGACAAAGUUAUUUUAUUCUACGCGAAUUCGCCCAUGCAUAAUCAUGGUGAUUACUUUUGCAGGUGUUCAGGUAGGAACCCAUAUGAGUAUCUGUAUAGGAAUAAAAUAAUGUUGUCUUUGAUCGGAAACCGCUCCUGCAAUUUUGGCUUUGACAAGAAAUAUCAUGUAACCAAUAGUAAUGUAUGUUCAAUAAAUAUCUGCAGCUGAAAAUAAUACAAAUGUGUCCUGCACUUCUUAAUACGUCUUUGAAUCUGCCCAUGUCGCUGAUCCCCGCCUAUGGUAGGGUGACCGCAGCAUCAUCUUGAUCCUUUGGAAAUGGAAUCCACCUCAGGCCAAAUGCCCAGCCCUCUCGGACUUGAUAUUGUGCGGACAGGAAUUGACUUGUUCGUUCUUCAUGUCACGCAUAAAAAGUGACUAGUGACACGUUACAUGUGAAAACGUGAGCUCUGAAUCGCGUCCUUACAGAAGGAACCAAAAAAAACUCUUACGCAGAAGGACGAAUUAUAUCUUUUUAGCUCACCUCUGGGGAGCUGUUCUCUCCAUAUCCACGGCAAAUGACAUGCAUUAAAUUACCUGAGGUGAGCACAUGGUCCCUGGACCAUUUCAUUUAUGGUGCAAAGUUCAACUGACCCCACGACGUGUAUCGUGUAUUUGAGUGAUCGAAGCAUAUCCUAGUAGUGCUCGGCAGAAAACAUUGCAUGUCAAAACGAAUCAUGUACAGAAUUUAAUAGAAUUAGACGAGGAUUUUAACCAGAGAAUGUUACACGUCACACGAGCAACUGAAAUGUCUCCUUGACAACUGAAAAUAU